GUUCUCGUUGAACUUAUUCAAUCUGGUGGUGAGUUGCCACUCACGGGUCAUGUCUUACCCAUGCCGUCCAUAAAUAUGCGCGAUUACAAUGGAGAUGCUCGUGAAUUCGACAGUCGAAGUAAGAAUAUGGAAGAUAUCAUUGAGAUGCUACGGGACGAAGAGACAAUGUUAAUUGGGAUAUGCGGAAUGGGAGGGAUUGGAAAAACCACAUUCGCCAAGCAAGUCUUGCAAAAGGUAAAAGACUUUCAUAAGCAUUUAUUUGAAAUUCAAGUUAUUACAACUGUCUCGAGUAGUCCCAAUUUCAAUGCUAUCCAAGAAGAAGUCUCACAGAUGUUAGGUUAUUCGCUUAAGGACGUAGAUGGUGAGAUUCUAAGAUCAGAACGUUUACGAAAUGCUUUUAGUAACAAGAAAGUUGUUGUCUUGUUGGAUGAUGUUUGGAAAGAGUUUGAUUUAAUUGCAAAAGGUUUCCAUUAUCAAAAUCAGAUGAUGGGUGUUGCUGUAAAAUUAUUUACACAUCUAGAAACAAAGAUUUAUGGUCAGGUGAACGUAACAUCACCAAACAAGAAAUCUCUCUUGACGGAUUGUCAUUUGGAAGCCUUGAAUUUGUUUAGCAUAAAAGUCCGUCUACAUGGUGAUGAUGAUACUGAUUUCCCUUUGAAGAAUAAAAUAGCAAGACAAAUUGUUGAUGAAUGUAAAGGACUACCCCUCGCACUUGAGGUUACCGGAGGCGCUCUUAUAAAAAAGAGAAAAUUCGCAUGGGAGGAUAUGCUUUUCAAGUUGAGGAGUCAACAACUACACGGUGACAAGAUAUACAAUGUCGUGCAUGCGAGUUAUGACUUCUUAGAAGAUCCCAAUGCCCGACGCUUGUUCUUGUUUUGCUGCUUAUUCCAAGAAGACGAAGAGAUUCCUAUCGAGACAUUGUAUCGUUUUGCAGUGGGAUUGCAACUCUUCCAAGGUAUGAAUGACCUCAAAUCUAUAAGUGAUCGUGUUUACACCUUAGUAGACGACUUAACAAGGAGAAAUUUGCUAAUAAAUGUUAAAGAAUAUGCAGUGAAGAUGCAUGAUGUGAUGAGAGAUGUGGGAUUUUCAAUUUCAAAACAAGAACAUAACGAUAUUAAUUUUCUUGAGUGUGAUGGUGUGGUCGAACUAGAGAAUAUCGUGACUCCACACACUAAGAUGAUUUCUAUAUUGAAGAAUAAUGAUCUAGAAGUCCCUAAUAUGAUGAAAUUUCCAUGCUCAAAACUGGAACUACUACGGUUGGAUAGUUCAUAUUUUUACCGACAAAAUAUUAUAAUACCAAUGAAUUUACUUGAAGGGGCGGAUAAUCUCAAAGUUCUAGAUAUAGUCGGCUUUAACGUCAUGAUUAAUAAGUUUUCAUUAAUGUCUUAUUUUCCACACUUAGCCAAGUUGAAGAUGUUAUCCCUAAUGAAAUUGAGUUUGGAUAUGACAACCAAUGUAUCUUUUAUUCAACAUCUUAGUUGCUUGGAAGUCCUUAGCCUUCGUGAUUCAACCAUCAAAGAUUUGACACACGAAAUAAGUGAGUUAACAAAUUUAAGAUUGUUGGAUUUGUCUCGGUGCAAAUGUUUCAUAAGAAAUGGUAUUCUUUCGAAACUUACCAAUCUACAAGAAUUGUACAUGUGGGAAAGUUUUCAAGAUUGGAGGCUACAAAAUCAAGACGUUAAUGUUGGAGACAAUCAUGCAGCAGGAGUUGAAGAGUUAAAUUUGUUACAUAAAUUGUGGAGAUUAGAAUUGGAGGUACCCAACAUUGAACAAGUGCCGAGAGGUGUUAACUAUUUUCUUGUUUAA